AUGAAUCCACGCGGGGGGCAACUUCUGCGAUCCAAAGCACAAGAAAGUGAUAGUCUGGACCAAGCAGAAAACAAAUUGCCUCCCGUUGACACGAUGGAAGCAUGCAACAAGGCGGCGGAAAGGCUCCGUGAGCUGGCGAAUCAUCUUCAACAUGGUGAAGUGCCCAUAGCAGUUUUGCAGAAGGCUUUACAGUACGCAGCUUGUGUCCUGGAUACAGUCUGCGUUGAUGACACAAGCCGGCGUACUCUUGACGACGAAGACGAACUCUCUGAGUUCCAGCCUAAUGCUGUUCCUACGGAAGUGCGAGAAUGGUUGGCGUCCACUUUUACAAAAAAGACAGCAACUCAAAGAAGACGGUCUGAGGAUAAACCACGCUUCAGAUCUGUGGCCAAUGCAAUCAGAGCAGGCAUAAUGGUAGACAGACUCUACAGAAGAAUGUCCAACUCUACAUUAUUUUACAUUCCAACACACAUAUCACUUUAUUUGAAAGGAAUUGACGACUACUCCUUUGAUGUCUUUACUUUAAACGAGAAAGCGAAUGGGCAAGGCCUGCGUUAUUUAGCUUAUGAUCUACUCAAUCGCUACGGACUAACUCAUAAAUUCAAGAUUCCUUCAUCAACAAUGGAAAAUUUUAUGAGUCAAGUUCAUCAUGGUUAUGUUCGACACAAAAACCCUUACCACAAUGAUCUCCAUGCCGCUGAUGUUACGCAAACUGUGCAUUAUAUGCUUUCUCAACAAGGAUUAGCGAAUUGGUUGACAGACUUGGAAAUAUUUGCUGCUAUCAUAGCUGCCAUUAUUCAUGAUUUUGAGCACACUGGGACCACCAACAAUUUUCACGUGAUGUCAAGGUCUGAUACUGCUUUGCUGUACAAUGACAGAGCGGUCCUAGAAAAUCAUCAUGUGAGCACAGCAUUCCGUCUCAUGCGUGAAGAGGACUCAAAUAUAUUAUUUCAUUUGAGUAAAGAGGAAUAUAAGGAGUUUAGAUCGUUGGUUAUUGACAUGGUCCUGGCCACGGAUAUGUCUUCCCAUUUUCAACAAAUAAAGUCGGUCAAGUCCCUAAUCAGCCAUUCUGAAUUCAACAUCGAAAAGUCAAAAGCCUUGUCCUUGGUCUUACAUUGUUGUGAUAUUAGCCAUCCGAGCAAGACUUGGGAUCUUCAUCAUAGAUGGACUUUGCUUUUGAUGGAAGAGUUUUUUCUUCAGGGUGAUAAAGAAAAAUCUCUGGGCUUGCCAUACUCGCCUCUGUGUGACAGAAAUACCACUCUCAUUGCUGAAUCUCAAAUUGGUUUCAUCGAUUUCAUUGUGGCUCCGAGCUUAGAAGUUCUUGGAGAUAUGCUUGAAAAAAUUGAACUGAAGACGGAAAGCAAUCGUACCGCGCCUAUUUCUGAAUCGAUCAGCGAGGAAUCACCUUCAGAAAACAAUAAAGCAUCCGAUGCCGAACUGAGGGCACAGCUUUCUGUAGUCCAUGACGACGCCGAAUCUUCCAGAAAAGCAAACGUUUGA